GAUCAUCCUAAGCGGACUAAAAACAAGACUGGAAAAAGCUUCAGGGGCGUGGGCGGACGAGUUAACAUUCGUGCUCUGGCGUAUAGAACCACUCCAAGGUCGACCACCGGCGAGACGCCCUUUAGCUUGGUGUAUGGGAUGGAGGCACUUUUACAAGUUGAGCUGGAGCUACAAUCCCAACGAUCGAGCACUUAUAACCAGGAGCAAAAUGAGGAACUUAUGCUAACUGCCCUGGACACCAUUAAAGAACUUAGAGAGCAAGCCUCGACCAGGGUUGAAGCAUACAAACAACGGAUGAGAGCAGCACAUGACAUGAAAGUGAAGAUCCGCCGAUUCCAGGUGGGAGAUCUGGUAUGGAAGAGGGUAGAUGUGCUCAAGCAUGUGGGAAAGAUGCCAGGUCUGAGUCUCAGUACACGGGGAGAUUGCGAAGAGAGUCUUCACCACCAGCCUUCCGAUUGGAGAUCCGCCAGCAGCCAGGAGAGGAUGACCAACAUAUUUCAGAGUUUCGUUUUGAAAUUAUGUCUUAUCAGUAGAACACCUUCUUUCAGAAAAGUGUCCAUUUUCAGUCAGCCGUAUUCUACAAUUCACUUAAUU